AUGUGUAAGCAGUCGCAUUUUCUACGAAAAUGUCCACGUUUUCUGCGGCUUACGCCAAUCAACCGAAAAUCAUUGGCAAAAAAGGCUCACUGGUGUACUAAUUGUCUAGGCCAUUCUACUGGAUCAGCAUGUGUAAGUACUAAGACAUGCUCCACUUGUGGUGGUAAACACCACACUCUUCUACAUCUCGAUACAUCAACUCCAUCGCCGACUACAUUGCAUCCUCAUACAAACAAUUUCGAGCGAUGUUCCCCUCAACCGGCAACGAAAUUUCCAAAUGUUUCGCUUGCUACAAAUAAUUUAGUUCAUUCGAAUCAUACAGUGCCUCUCGUCACAGCGUUAAUCGACAUAUCCGACAUCCACGGCCAACUCAUACGUCUUCGUGCCUUAGUAGACCAAGGUUCACAACAAAUGACAAUCACAGAAAUAGCAGCUCAACGUUUAAACAUUCCUAUUACUCCAAUUUUUAUAGGAUAUCGACCAAUGGGUGAAUCACAAUAUAAAAUUACUAAUAAAGGCAUGAUUAUCGAAAUACAUUCAAUUGUAGAUCCGAAUUUUAAAGUGCAAGCACUUGCUGCUAUUAUUCCUUCAAUUUCAUCUGCUUUACCAUUAAAACCCAUCAAUGUAAAAUCAUGGAAUCACAUCAAACAUUUACCACUUGCGGAUCCACAUUACGCUGAACCCGGUCAAGUCGAUCUAUUGCUUGAAAUAGCCGAAUGCAUUAAACGAUUCCAAGAACUGGAGCAAGUUCCAACCUAA